GGGUUCCCGCUUCCGUCCCCGCAGCCCGGCGCCCGUUCCCCCCGUCUCGGCGUCUCCCCGCGCCCUGCAGCCUCGGCCGCGGCAGCGCGGGCCACGCCGGCCGUGCCGCACUCGGAGAAUUAACUGGGUUUCAAAAUGAAAGUGAGGAAGUUCUGGGAAAUAUUAAUUUGAACAGGAAUUAUUGUUGAAUAUAAUCCAGGAAUGAUACAAUGUUAAUUCUAUGUUCAACUCCAUAAGGAUCUUCACUAAGGAACUGCAGUGAAACAAACACAGAAUAAUUUUUCUUCAGUACAAUGUGGUGAAGUGGAGGAACAGAAAUUGUCCUCUUCUGUACAGGCUAAGGACUUAAAAUGUGUGUUGCUUUGUGAACAGAAGCAGUUCUGGAGUGAACUGAGCAUCUGAAAAUGCGGCCAUGGACUGGUUCCUGGCGUUGGAUUAUGCUCAUCCUCUUUGCUUGGGGAACUUUGCUCUUCUAUAUUGGUGGACACCUGGUACGAGACAGUGAGCAUCCAGAUCAUUCUAGUCGUGAAUUGUCCAAGAUACUUGCUAAACUUGAGCGUUUAAAACAACAAAAUGAAGACUUAAGGCGGAUGGCAGAAUCUCUCAGGAUACCAGAUGGACCCAUUGAUCAGGGACCAGCUGCAGGAAAAGUACAUGCUUUAGAGGAGCAGCUUUUAAAGGCCAAAGAACAGAUAGAAAACUAUAAGAAGCAGACAGGAGAUGGAGGCCUUGGAAAAGAUCAUGAAAUACUGAGGAGAAGGAUUGAAAAUGGGGCUAAAGAACUUUGGUUUUUCCUCCAGAGUGAAUUGAAGAAGUUAAAAAAUUUGGAAGGAAAUGAACUGCAAAGACGCAUAGAUGAAUUUCUGUCUGAUUUGGGGCAUCAGGAAAGGUCAAUAAUGACAGACUUGUACUACCUCAGUCAAACAGAUGGAGCAGGAGAUUGGCGAGAAAAAGAGGCCAAAGAUCUAACAGAUCUGGUACAGAGGAGAAUAACUUACUUACAGAACCCGAAGGACUGCAGCAAAGCUAAGAAACUUGUCUGUAAUAUUAACAAAGGUUGUGGCUAUGGUUGUCAGCUUCAUCAUGUAGUCUACUGCUUCAUGAUUGCUUAUGGCACUCAGCGAACACUCAUUUUAGAGUCUCAGAAUUGGCGCUAUGCUACUGGUGGCUGGGAAACUGUAUUUAGACCUGUAAGCGAGACAUGUACUGACAGAUCUGGUACAACAACUGGACACUGGUCAGGUGAGGCUAAUGAUAAGGAUGUACAGGUGGUGGAGCUCCCUAUUGUUGACAGCUUACAUCCACGGCCACCUUAUUUACCACUGGCUGUCCCUGAAGACCUGGCUGAUAGACUAAUUCGUGUUCAUGGGGAUCCUGCAGUAUGGUGGGUUUCACAGUUUGUCAAAUACUUGAUUCGUCCACAGCCUUGGCUGGAAAAAGAAAUAGAGGAAGCCACAAGGAAACUCGGAUUCAAACAUCCUGUGAUUGGUGUUCAUGUUCGGAGGACAGACAAAGUGGGAACAGAGGCAGCAUUUCAUCCCAUUGAAGAAUAUAUGGUGCAUGUUGAAGAGCGGUUUGAACUUCUUGCUCGUAGAAUGCAUGUUGAUAAAAAGAGAGUAUAUUUGGCUACAGAUGACCCUUCAUUAUUGCAAGAGGCCAAAUCCAAGUAUCCAAAUUAUGAAUUUAUCAGUGAUAACUCCAUAUCUUGGUCAGCGGGACUUCAUAAUCGAUACACUGAAAACUCCCUAAGAGGUGUUAUUCUGGAUAUCCACUUUUUGUCUCAGGCGGACUUCCUGGUCUGUACAUUUUCAUCCCAGGUUUGUCGAGUCGCCUAUGAAAUUAUGCAGACGCUGCAUCCAGAUGCUUCAGCAUAUUUCCAUUCUUUGGAUGAUAUCUACUACUUUGGGGGACAGAAUGCACAUAACCAGAUUGCUGUUUAUGCUCAUCAUCCACGAACUGCUGAUGAAAUUCCUAUGGAACCUGGAGAUAUAAUUGGAGUAGCUGGAAAUCACUGGGAUGGUUAUUCAAAAGGAAUCAAUAGGAAAUUAGGAAAAACAGGCCUGUACCCGUCCUAUAAAGUUAAGGAGAAAAUUGAGACAGUCAAAUACCCUACAUACCCAGAGGCUGAAAAGUAGAAUAAAAGGAAGACAUUUGGCAGUUAAAUCUCACUUCUUUGACUCAAAUCAGUCAACAUACUAAUGGUUUAUAUGGGAUUUGAAUUUGCAUUUUAACAUGCAUUUAAAAUCAAAGCCUUUGGUAACGAAACUGGAUAAGAAACUGAGAACAGAUGGAUGGGCUAUUAUCUGAACUCACUCCUAAACAUUUUUUGUUAUAUGCACUCUCACACAUGCACACACACAAAUGCAUACAGCAGGAAAACUGUUGUUUUAUACUUUUUGUCUCUUCAAGAUUUGUUCCAGUCAGUAGUCUUAUGUGAGCUCUCAGCUCUUUUCUCUGCCAUUAUAUGACAAUAAUGCUCAGACUUAUAACACUGCCAUAUUGUGUAAUUUGAGUAACAUGAACAUAUUUUGUAUGUGCAAAAUUUAAAACAUGGUGCCUAUAUCUGAAAGAUUUGUGACAUUUUUAAAAGAGCCAUGCCUGUUUCACUGAUGCGCAAGAGUCAGUUUUCAGUUGUUACCAUGAUCACUGGAUUUGCUUCAAAGAGAUUCAAAUUUCAGACUAGAUUUCUUUACAAGUUUAUUUUUAGCAUUCCAUUCGUUACUUCUCAUGAUUAAUAAAAUAAAGGAUACAUCCAACAAUGAAAUAAUCACUGUCUGUUAGGAGCUUUUGUAAAACCAUGCCAUAAACAAAUUUGUCAGUACUGAAUGUUUUUGGACAUUGCUUUUGAUUUAAAAAAAAACAAGAACAAAAAACCAGAAGAAGAAAGUGGCAGAACUGGAGUUUCAUCAAAUGUACAUGCACUUAGAAUGACAGCAGGUGGUGGCAGAGUGGUUCUCGGUUCUGUGGACAGCAAGUUUUAACAGGAUGACUUCAGUGGCAUGUUUUCUUACACCUGUUUUCAAGCAUUUUCUUUUACCCUCUAUGUUUCUCUUAUGAAAGUAUUUUUUUAGUACUACAGGUAGCUAUUUAUAAUUCAGGCAUUGUAUCUUGUUGAUUUGAAGCAAAAAUAUUCCAGGUCUCCUAUUUUUAGAUCCCUUCAAUUCACAUGUUAUUUCAGGAGGCGUAUAUGCUGUUUUCACUGCAUUAGUGCUCAAAAAAGAAAUUAAAAAAAAAAAAAAAUCCAUCAGUUUACCCAGAAAUUAGUAGGUUCCAGUAAAAUAUACACAAGAGUACAGUUUAUGCAUGAUAUUAAGUUGUUAGUAAUUUUUAGUGUUUUGAGGUCUGCUGCUAGUCUAUACAGAAAAGAGAAUUUAAAAAUUUUACAAACAGAUUCACAGAUUUUGAGGGUUAUGUAUGUGUGUGUAUAUGUAAAUGUACAAGAUAUUAAUAGUAUUUCCAAUUGAGAAUAGUAUUAAAAAUAUUGUACAGGUUCUGGUGCUAUCAGAGUUGGGAUACUGGAAGUAAAGACAAUCUUUACUCUUCAGAUACUGAGAAAGUGCCACAUGAGUAAAUGUUUUUAAAAAGUGUGGCUGUUAAAGCUUAAAAUGAUAUUUAAUUUUAUUUAUGAAGACAUCAAGGACAGUUUUGACUCAAGAACGAAUAAAUGCACUUGAUCAUGAAUAAUUUCUACUAUAAAGUAGAUGGAAAUCCCUGGAGCUGUGAAGUUUAGCAAUAGUUUUCUAAUUGAAAUAGUGAUGAAUUAGGUGAAGUAUGGUUGGUAUAUGGUCAAAUUAACUAAUUAGUUCCCUGUGGCAUUGUUUGCAGGGCAGAUCCUGUAGAUCCCUUGCAGUUAUGUGUUCCUCAAGUGAAAAGCUAUUGUGUUUUGAAAAAGAACAAAAUCAAAAGUGCUGUGGAGAAAAAAGAUAAGUUACCUGCUACUAGUAUGAAAUAGAUAUCUUGGUAAAAAAUAUACCAAAUGUUUUAAUGAAUAAUUGAAGAGUAAAGGAAAAUGAAUAAAAGAAAGGCAAGAAAUGUUGAAAUUGAAUAUUUGUGACUAAAGCUGACUCAAGUUAACUAGUAUUUCUGUAUUUUUUAAAAAGAACUGAGGAAGCUGUUUGGCGUUAGAUUACCAUCUAAGUGAUUUUGACAAAUUUUCUAUCAGCUUAAGCCAAACUUGUGGCAUUUUGGAGGUACAAAUGAAAGCUAAUACAUAACUUUUCCUUAAAUUUGUAUGGUCCAUGUAAAGCUAUUAUUGUUAUUGAAACUUGAAAAUAUUGAAAGGUAAAAAUAUUUCUUAGUGGUUAAAUCAAUGCAUUUUAUCUUUGGGAAAUGUAAUUUAUAACUAUUUCCAUACAAGUAUUACAUUAUCUAUUGGAUAUUUUUAGAUUUUGGAUGUUUUAUUUUUGAAGCUCUUUAUUUACACCUUCAGACAUCAUAGUUCCAAGCUCGUUUAUUGGGACUGGCACAAAAAUAGUAUAAAUGAAUUAACAUAUGAGAAAAUCCUCUGUAGUCAGGGAAGCUGAUAAAAAAUAUCACAAGAAAAGAUAAAUAACAGAAUAUUUAAGAUGAACCCAAAGGCAAGAACAUAUCUUCUGAUGUAGUGACCAUAAAACUGAAAACACUGAUGCUGUGGAGUAAAUAUCCAUAUAAUUUGGCAAUUGCUUAACUAACUGUAAAGCUGACGAAAUAUUGGCAAGGUGCUUGUGUGUUCUUACGUAUUCCAAGUACCUAAUAAAUAAUUCUCUUAUUGUCUUUGAUGAAAAUGAUGGUUAAAUCAUAUGAAAUUAUAGAAUUAUUGUUAAUAAUUAAGACACGUUUUAAUGUAGAUGCUGUGACCUUAUUCCUCUGGAUCAUAUUCUCUAUUGCUUACAGUGCAGUGCUUCUCAGAGGAAGCAUCAUAGCAGUAGGCUGUUUGCUGGAUGUAUCUGUCUCUAGAGAUGUUUUCCUAAAGACUGUGAGUCAGUUAUGGCCUAGAGUUCUGGGACCUUGGGAUGUUAAAAGUGAUUAUCAAUUACAGUGAAAUCAAGAUAGAUCCCUCUUUCCGUACUAUGGUUAAAUGAAGAUGAGACCUCCAAUUUUCUAUUGUAGCUAAACAAACAAACAAAACAAAACAACAACAACAACAAAACAGGAAUAAAAAAUUGUCUUACAUACCUGAAAGAAUGCAGAAUUUUUGAAAGUUUUAAAACUCAUUAAGGUACUAUCCAGAAUACUUGCAAGCAGGCAUUUACACACCUUGUUUGUUUCAUUCACUUUGUAGCUCUGCAAUGGUUUUUGCCUCAUACCAAACUACCAAGUCCUUAUACAGGUCCUUAUAGUCUCUCAAACAAGAUAAUAUUUAAUUAAAUUUUUUCUCUUUAAGAAGCAUUUGUGCAUGUGUGAGUGUGUUGUAUUCAUAAAGAAAAAAAAAAACACAAACAAGAAACAAUACUGUUUCCUUCUUUGUUAAUUUAUAAUUGUUAUGUUCUUUGUAAUAACUUAUUUUCUAGGUAAAUGUAGUCUCUGUAUACAAAAUAUUCUAAUUCUCAGUAGCUGGUCUAAGAACUAUAUUCUGACAUUCAGUUAACUAGUCUUCUGUGACCAUGGUGCACCUUAUAGCCUGGGACCAUAGUCAGCUCACUGCUGCAAUUACACCAACCUGAGUUCUGUUCUUAAUUUUCAGCCCAACAUGCAGUCACUUGGAUGGAAUUCCCAAAUUUCCUCUUCCAACAUGCUGUCUUGGUGAACUGCAAAAUAUUGUGGAUUUGUUCAUGAAGGAUGAUGUUUUAUUUCAAAAUCUAAAAGUACUUUUCUUCAGAGAAAUGUUUUGUCUACCCCUUCUACCAAUGGACUUCAAGGAGACUUGUGAUUAUCAGAAAGAUUUAUCUUUACUGAUUUUUCAGAAAAUAGAACUGAUCAUACUUCUUUUACGGAGAGGGAUUCAUAAUCUGAAAGCUUCCUCCAAAACUGAAACAUGUUUCAUUUUCAUGAUAGGCUUUUGUUUCUUUAAUAUGCAGUUAGAAGAUCUGAGUAUCAGCUUCUGAGGUAGAAUCAUAAUAAUAUGUAAAAUAGAAAAUUUUCAUUACAUGUUCUCCUAGCUAAAGGGAGAAUGACUUUGCUUCAUGCCAAUGGAGCAGCACCUACGACUUAGGUCUUUUUCAAAACAGUGAAUUGAACUUUUGGUUUUUCAGUUCAUAGGAGUCUUUGCAAUGUAAUCUCUCUAAUGUUUGAAGAAUCCAGGUGAAAAGCCUUUGCUUAGUUUGUGAGGUGGGGAAUAAGUCUAAAACAACUAGAUAUUUUAUACUUCUAAGUUGCUGGAUCAAUUUUAUAAAGCCACAGGAUACGAAUAAACCUUUCAGAGAUUAAUGAUCUUUGCCAGCAGAUCCUUGCCAAAAAUACUUAAUUUGCAGUCCCUUUUUUUAUUUUGCCUUGUGCAGGUCUUAGUCUUGUUUAUAAACAUCAUGCUGGUUAUGUUCUGGUCAUUGGCUGUUACUAUAUUACUUAUUUAUUUGUUGUUUUGUUGAUGAAGUCUAGCUGAAAUGUUCUUAAAGGACUUAAAUUUUAUUUGGUUUACUUGAAUUAAAAUCACAUUUAUAUCUCACUAAAAAUUCCAUUUGCUGAACCAUCACUAGAAUUCUUUUCAGAAGCUGCAGGCUUAUGUCAAGGGCUACAUUAUGUACUGCAGAUUUUUAAGGAGCAAGACUGUAGCAAAAAAAAAAUAAUU